AUGGACUCAUCAUCAUCAUCUUCACCAUCACCAUCAUCAUCACCAUACACUAACCCGGGGGCCGCCGCCCCAAGCCGGUACGAAAGCCAAAAGCGGCGUGACUGGAACACGUUCGGGCAGUACCUCCGCAACCACCGGCCGCCCCUCGACCUCGGCCGCUGCAGUGGGGCCCACGUGCUCGAGUUCCUCCGCUACCUCGACCAGUUCGGGAAGACCAAGGUCCACGUGCCCGGCUGCCCGUUUUUCGGCCAGCCCGACCCGCCAGCGCCCUGCCCCUGUCCGCUCAGGCAGGCGUGGGGCAGCCUCGACGCCCUCGUGGGCCGACUCCGGGCCGCCUAUGAGGAAAACGGGGGCGGCCCGCCCGAGUCGAACCCGUUCGGGGCCCGCGCGGUGAGGCUGUACCUGCGGGAGGUGCGGGACCUGCAGUCCCGGGCCAGAGGGGUCAGCUACGAGAAGAAGAAGAGGAAGCGGGUGCUGCCAGCGGCGGCGGCCGGGCAGCAGUCGGAGUCCGGCGAGUGCCUGGAUUAG